ACUUUCAUGCCAUCAUCACUGUUUGGAUGAUUUUUUGAAUAGAUGGUAUGAUGGAGACUUCAUCUGCUCUCAGCUUCAACAAGACGAGCAAUCUAUAAAGUCCCGUCGAUUUUCCCCAUCUGCUACCAUCCAUCAUCACUCAACCCAAAAACGAAUUCAUAUUACAUCUCUCAAGCUCAACCCCACCAAGACCAAAGCCACAAUUCAAAAUGUCUGACCAAGACAAAGCCCUUGCGCUCCACAACCAAGCCCGCGCCGUCCUCGGCGUCGCCCCACUUCAAUGGGACAGCAACCUGCAAGCUGCAGCCCAAAAUUGGGCGAACCACCUCGCUCAAGUCAACAGCUUGGACCACGACCCCAACGCCGGCGCGGGCGAGAACAUUGCUCUGUUUUCGCCGGCAAGCGAUACGAUUCUGGAAAAUGCAACGGGGCUGUGGUUAGCCGAGAAGGCGGCUUAUAACUAUGGUAUUUUUGAUGGAAGUCAGGCUGAGGUGGCGGGGCAUUACACUCAGUGCGUCUGGGCGAAUACCACGAACGUCGGUAUCGCAGCCGCGACAUCUUCGUCCGGCACCGAGUUCGUCGUCGCACGCUACCUCCCACAAGGUAACAUUAUCGGGCAGUACCCUUACCCGCAAGAAGGCCAACCAUCGCAACAAGGCUUCGAAGGGAUCUUCCUCGUGAACGCAACCAAUUCCUCCGGCGGCCAUAAGUGCGGCGUUGGCUGGUACCGCAAUGCGCUGCAGGCCGAGGGACAUUCGCCUGAUCCGCCGCUUGAAGCUGCAGGUGUGGGGCGUGACUGGAUUCCAUGGGAGGGUAGUGAGCAGAGCGGUAUGUCUUGCUUUUAUUUCCUGACCAACUUUUCGAUUACUGCCAUUUUAUCCCAAUCCUUUUCCGCAUCCAUUCCCAAUCCCUUCCCUUCACUGCCAGACAACCUCUGCAAUACAACAUACACCCUCAUGCAAAAGUAUCUCGCUUCACCCACAGAGCCCCUUGCUGACAAUACUAGUUACAUUCACCGGUGGCAAUGUCUUCGCCUGGAACAUCAACGCUAAUGCGCAGUCCCAGCCAGAUUUUACGAUCGUCGGCACGAGCCAUAAUAACUUCCGGAACUUCGAUGUGUACAAGGAUAAUAAGCGUAUCUUGUACUCCCAGGAUGGGUGGGAUU